AUGUCUGAACCGAAGAAGCAAGAAAAGGAUUACACCAAAGAGGUGGACGAGGCUUUGCCUGAGGCGAAGUCACUGGCUGAGUCAGGGAAGCUACAGGAUUCACUCGAAAAGCUCUUUGCGCUCGAGAAACAAACACGAAAUGCAUCAGACUUGAAGUCUACCACCCGUCUCGUAACGGCCAUCCUCGAACUUUGCUACGCCGCACGGGACCACAAACAAUUGAUCUCGAGUAUCAAUGUGCUGAGCAAGAAACAGGGCCAGCUCAAGGCUUCCAUUCAGGCGAUGGUGGAGCUCGCUAUGGGCUGGUUGGAGGAGAUCAAGCAGCGGGAUGGGUUGGAGAAGUGGCUUGAGCUUCUUGAGACUCUGCGUGCCGUUACGGAGGGAAAGAUCUUUUUGGAAACACAACGAGCGCGCGUCACUCUUCUUCUCGCUCAACAUCAUGAAUCUCUCGCCUCGACUGGCGCCGCAACUUCUCCCGAGGCUCGCGAAGCCUUCAUCACUGCAUCUGACCUCUUAUCUGACCUGCAAGUCGAGACAUACUCCUCCAUGGAGCGCCGAGAGAAGACAGAAUUUAUUCUGGAGCAGAUGAGGUUGCUGAUCGCUGUGGCGAGACUGAAGGAUGCAGAGAGUGGGAAGGACGGCAAGGACGCUAUGGGUGGCGGAGAGGGUGAAUGGGUGAAGGUCCGGGUCGGGAGUAGGAAGGUCAACGAGGAGUUCUUGAAGGAGAAGGAAAAUGAGGUGUGUUCCAAUUUUUGUUUGAGUUAUCUAGAUCUCAAACUCAAAUACUACGACAUGAUGGUCCAACACGGCCUCCGCCACACUGCUUACCUCGACGUCGCCAAGUACUACUACAAGGUUUGGGAGACACCAACAAUCAAAGAGGAUGUUAGUGGCAAGGGCCGAAUAGCCCUCGAACACAUUGUCUACUUCGUGGUUCUGGCGCCACACGACAAUGAGCAGUCAGAUAUGAUGCACCGGCUAUUCCUGGAUCCUGCUCUCACAAAACUCGAGCUGCACUACAACCUUGUCAAGUCGUUUACCACGACGGAGCUGAUGAGGUGGCCCGGCAUCGAGUCCAUCUAUGGCCCCUUCCUCCGUCAAACGGAAACGUUCAAGGAGGAAAAGCACUGGAAGGACCUCCAUACUCGGGUCAUCGAACACAACAUCCGCGUCAUCGCCAAAUACUACACCCGCAUCACCCUUACCCGUCUCAACUCCCUCCUUGAUCUCAGCGCACAACAAGCAGAAGAGACACUUGGUCGUCUCGUCGUCUCAGGGACGAUUUGGGCGCGUAUCGACCGUCCAGCAGGGAUCAUCAACUUCCGCAACAAGCGUAGCGCAGAGGACGUCAUGAACGACUGGAGUUCAGACAUGCAAAAGCUGCUCGGGUUCGUGGAGAAGACGUGGAUGGAGAUGAACGCUGCCCAGGCGGCACAGUCGAAGAUUAAGGCAUGA